UUUUUUUUUUUCAGAAGAAGAAUAACCUCUCAAAUGACUGAAUGAAAGAGACUGUUAUUCUUUCCUUGCAGAGUAUCUGAAUGGGACCUGUGUGAUGCUUGCAGUGACACAGCUGUCAAGAAGUGUUUGACCUGCAUGGCUUCCUACUGUGGGACUCAUGUGAAGGACCAUUACACAUCUCCGGACCUGGAGACACACUGGCUGCAGGACCUCUUGCAUCAGGACCUUUGUGAACAACACCACAGACAGCUGGAGUUCUACUGCAGGACUGACCAAUCAGCAAUCUGCUCUAGGUGUUUACUUCAUAACCACAGGACACAUGAUGUCAUCGAGCAGAACCCUCAAGAGACAUCCUCAAUGUUUACAAUCAGAAAAGGUCCAUCUCUGAGAAUCGUGUUGGUUGGAAAGACUGGAGUGGGAAAGAGUGCUGUUGGCAACACUAUCCUGGGGAGAGAAGCAUUUCGCUCAGAUAACUCAGUCACACAAGUAUGUGACGGAGUGUGUAUGGGCAGUCUGAGACCGGUUAAAAUGAUUGAUACACCUGGUAUUUUAGAUACAGAUAGAGAUGCAGAUGAUGUUAAAGAAGAGAUAGUGAAAUGUAUGAAGUACUCCACUCCAGGACCCCAUGUAUUCCUGCUGGUGAUUGCAGUGGGGACGUUUAGUAGGAAUGAACAGAAGGCAGUCAGAACCCUACAGGAGCUCUUUGGGAAAAGAGCUGCAAAGUACACAAUGAUCCUGUUCAGUCACGGUGAUAAACUGCAUGGUCAGACUAUUGAUAAAUAUGUGCACUCUGCCCACCCCAAACUAAGGGAAGUGAUAAAGAGCUGUGGUGGAGGAUACCAUGUGUUCAACAACAACAGCAAUGACCACACACAAGUUGUGGAGCUGAUGAAGAAAAUAGAUGAGAUGGUGAAGAGAAAUGGGGGCGGUCACUUCACUGAGGAGAUGUACGAAGAGGCGAGGGUGUCUGAACUGAAAAUGAUCCGGAAGAAGCUAGUCAUUGUUGCCGAUAUAUGUGGAAAGACUUGUUUGCUUGAAGUUUUCAGCAAACACCAGUUUCCUAAAGAAUUUUUCCCCACUGUAUUUGAUAACUAUACUGCUGAAAUUGAAGUUGAUGGGAAACAGGUGCAGCUGGAUCUGUGGGACACAUCAGGCUGUGAGGGAUACGACAGACUGCGGUCUCUGAGUUACCCCAACACGGACAUCAUACUCAUGUGCUUCUCAUUAAGUAGCCCAUCAAGUUUUGAUAAUAUUCAACAGAAGUGGGCUCCAGAGAUCAAACACUUUUGUCCGAAAGUUCCCGUCAUUUUGGUGGGCAACAAGAAGGAUCUGCGCAAUGACGAAGACACACUCCAGAAACUAGAAGAGAGGAAACAGGAACCUGUUAAACAAGAGGAGGGCCAGGAGAUGGCCAUUUGCAUCGAUGCCUAUGGCUACAUGGAGUGCUCAGCCUUAACGAUGGAGGGCGUCAGGGAGGUGUUUGAAAUGGCAACUAGGCUAGCCUUGCAAGUAGAGCUGGUUCUGUGGGACACAGCAUGCCAGGAGGGCUAUGACAGACUGCGGUCCCUGGCUUAUCCCGACACGGAUGUCGUACUCCUGUGCUUCUCCAUAGAUAGCCGGGACAGUUUGAAGAGCAUUUCAGACAAGUGGGCUCCAGAGAUCAAACACUUCUGUCCGAACGUUCCCAUCAUUGUUGUGGGCAACAACAAGGAUCUGCGCAAUGACGAGCACACAUGCCGAGAACUAGCAAAGAGGAACCAGGAACCUGUUAAACAAGAGGAGGGUUGGGACAUGGCCAAUAACAUCGAUGCCUUUGGCUACAUGGAGUGCUCAGCCAAGACGAUGGAGGGUGUCAGGGAGGUGUUUGAAUUGGCCGCUAGGGCAGUGCUACAAGCCGAGAAUCAGAGCACCUGCCUCUUGUCAUAGAGGCAGAGAGGAUGCUGGGAAAGGGAGGGGAGGUGACGUAAACCAGGCCAACCAACAAAACAGAGGAGUGGUUCUAAAUGAACUUUUUUGAUCACCAGCCAAUGUGGCUGGUAACUUUCUAAAGUUCGUUUCCAUGGUCUCUCGUGUUGGUUUCACUGCAAACUGCGUGCAGCCGACGUAGCAUUACGGCACAGUGGUCAUGGGAAAUGUAGGAAGUACUGCCGGGGGAUAUAUGACCGAAAACAGAGCCUUAUGCUUGUAAUGCCUCAUGCAUCACCGGCC